AUGAUCUCCUACAACGUAGCAACGGCUACAAUCGAUAUUUCUGAGACGUUAGUACCUACUAUUAUUGAAUUGUACUACAGUCAUGUUUAUAUGACAGUUCAAUUCGUGGAUACGUUUGUCGUUAUAGCCUAUUUUUUUUCAGUAUCUGACGAAGAAUUGUUUGAAGACAAUCCUGAGGAAUAUACUCGUAGAGAUAUUGAAGGGUCAGAUGUUGACACAAGAAGAAGAGCUGUCUGUGACCUAGUAAAUACUCUCAGUCAGAAUUUUGAAAAGAGAAUUAUUGAGAUUUUUGGUCAAUAUUUACACGUGAUGUUGACAAAAUAUGCAGAAAAUCCGAAACAAUUUUGGCGAAGUAAAGAUUCCGCUCUGUAUUUAGUUACUUCUCUCGCAAGCAGAGGAUCAACACAAAAGCAUGGAGUAACUCAAACUAGUCAACUUGUUAAUAUAACUCAGUUUUGCCAGCAACAAGUUUUACCCGAAUUAGAAAGGCCAGAUGUAAACGAACUACCAGUUCUCAAAGCAGACGCAAUAAAAUAUGUCAUGACAUUCAGAACAAUUUUACCCAAUGAAAUUGUGGUCAGUACUUUACCUCAAUUAAUAAGACACAUGACUAGUGAGAGUGCUGUUGUACAUACCUAUGCAGCAUGUGCUUUGGAAAAAAUUCUUAUCAUGAAGAAUAACAAUAAUCAACCAAUCGUAUCUGGAAUGCAGCUAGAAACUAUCUCGAACGAUUUGUUUUCAAACUUGUUUGCCAUAUUGGAAAGGCCAGUUUCAGAACAAAAUGAGUAUGUAAUGAAAGCUAUAAUGCGAACGUUUGCAACCCUGCAAGAAAGAGUUAUACCAUUUUUAAAUAUGUCUCUUCCAAAACUGACAGAAAAAUUACAAAUGGUGGCUAAAAAUCCUUCAAAACCCCAUUUCAACCAUUAUCUAUUCGAAACCUUCUCACUUGCAAUCAGGAUCGUUUGCAAAGCAAACCAAUCAGCUGUAACAUCCUUUGAAGAUAUCCUUUUCCCCAUCUUCCAGGGAAUUCUGCAGCAAGAUAUUCAAGAAUUCAUCCCUUACGUUUUCCAAAUUCUUUCCCUACUGAUGGAGAAUACGCCUACUGGUUCAAUACCUGAACCAUAUAUGCAACUAUUGCCAUGUCUGUUAGCACCUAUUCUUUGGGAGAGGCCUGCUAAUAUCAAUCCUUUGGUGAGAUUAUUAAGCGCUUUUGCUACACAGGCUGCGCCACAGAUUAUCGCACAAGAUAAACUGGCAGGAUAUUUAGGAGUUUUUCAAAAACUAAUAGCUUCAAAAACAAAUGAUCAUGAAGGAUUUCUUCUCAUGCAGAGCUUGAUUCAACAUUUCCCAACAGAAGUCUUAGCACCAUAUCACAAUCAGAUAUUUUUCCUGCUGUUCCAGAGACUUUCAUCCUCCAGCAAAACUACAAAAUUUGUUAAAAGUCUAAUAGUUUAUUUUUGUUUCUACAUUGUCAAGUACUCUGCAAACGAACUAGUCACGACUAUUGAUGGUAUACAAAAACAAAUGUUCGGCAUGGUUUUAGAAAAACUAUUCAUAGCAGAGUUACAAAAGAUUUCAGGAAACAUCGAGAGGAAAAUUGUAGCAUGCGGAAUCACCAAACUGUUAUGUGAAUGCAAAGAAAUGUAUGUAGGAAACUAUCAAAAGUAUUGGCCUCAGCUUUUACAGGCAUUGCUAUCAUUUUUUGAAAUGCCAAGAGAUGAAAGUACUUUUCCCGAUGAUCAUUUCAUAGAAGUUGAUGAUGCUCCCACUUUCCAGACAACAAGUGCAAAAUUGAACUUUGCUAGUACUGCUCAAAAUGAUCCUUUACAAGCUGUUGCUGAGCCAAGGCAAUUCCUGGUCCAAAGUCUUGCUGCCCUAGGAAGAUCCCAUCCUGGGCGAUUACCAACUUUUAUAAGCAGUACGAAUUCACAGUGUCAAACUAUUCUUCAGGGAUAUUUAGCAAAGUUUGGAGUACAGCUGGUCUGACUCUGUUUUAAACAGACUGAAAACCGAUUAGUUUUAUUAUGUUUUUAGAAACUGAUUCAGAAUAUAACUGUAAUGUUCAAUUUUUAUGUUA